AUGAGCCAUGGUGAGCGCCCCCCGCUCGAGGGCGCCUCCCCCGGUAGCCGAGGCUCACCGAUCGCCCUCAUCGCCGCCGAGGAGGGCGGCAGCCUUCCGCCGCCGGCUGCUCCCGUGCUCGAGUGCCACAUGUACCCGGGGCCUCCGCGCGAGGGCGAUGUGGUCAAGGCGCAGAUCACCAAGGUGGUGCAGGACAUGGGCAUCUAUGUGAGCCUCGUCGAGUACGCAAAUGGGGUCGAGGGCAUGCUCAUGGCAAAGGAGAUCUCGCGCAGUGGGUCGUCGAGCGGCGGCGGUGCAUCAUCGAGCCGCUCGGCGAAGCUGCAUAUGACAUACCGGGUGGGCAAGUACGUCACAUGCCGCAUCCAGAAGCUGACGACGCAGCAGGAGGCGCCUGGCGCACCCAUCAAAUGGUUCAUUGACCUAAAGCAGGAGUCGAAGCCGGAGCGCUUCCGCGAGUGUGAGAGACGGUGGCAGCGCUCGCUAGCGGUGCACACGCUGCUCGCACACGUGGCCCGAGCACACGGCCACGCGCUAAGCACGCUCUACGAGCAGGUCGUGUGGCCGCUCCACAGCGCUGGUCACGGCCACGCGUACGUCGCGUUGACCGCGGCCGACACGGAGGUGGUGAACGAGCUACUGGACCGAGCGGCUGUGCCGAGUAUCCGAGCGCAGCUUCGCGAGAGUAUUGCACUGGGCAAGCUGCCCUUGCCUGAAGAGGUGGCCGAGGCCGAGACCAGGGCAGUCAGCGCGUUCAUCACCGAGCGCGGUGCCAGCCGGAAAAGCAAAAAAGGUUAUCGCGAUCAUGACUAA